AUGAAAAGCCAAAACCUGCUGAAUGACAAACUUCUUUGCAGACAAGACUUUGGUGUUGAUACCAUAGUGGAGGAUUUUGACUUCAAGGAGUUGGAUGAAGUUCGAAAAUACUACCCUCAGGGUUAUCAUGGUGUAGACAAGCAGGGAAAGCCUAUUUACAUCGAACGAUUAGGUAAGGUUAACGUGGACAGACUUUUGAAAGUGACAACAUUGACUCGUUAUGUGAAAUACCUAGUCCAGGAGUUUGAGAAGACUCUUGCAAUCAGGUAUCCAGCAUGCUCCACUGCUGCAAACAGACACAUUGACUCCAGUACAACAAUUCUUGACGUUGAAGGAGUGGGCUUGAAGAGUUUUACCAGGCCUGCUCAAGAAGUCCUUGAGCAUCUGCGGAAGAUUUAUGCUGAUAGUGAUUCUAAGACACGUGGCCAAAUGUUUAUCAUAAAUGCUAGUCCCGGAUUUAAGCUGCUUUGGAAUGCAAUCAAGCCUUUUAUUGACCCUGAUAGAGCUUCCAAGAUUCAGGUUAUUAGCAACAAAUAUCGAAGCAAAUUGCUCGAAAUGAUUGAUGAAAGUGAGCUGCCUGAUUUCCUAGGCGGUAGCUGUAACUGUAUGUAUGAAGGAGGUUGUAUGAAGUUGGAUAAAGGGCCGUGGAAAGACACAUAUAUUGCUGAGUCAGGAUCCGAAACUAAAGAUACAACACCUGGCUCAGCAAAUUCAGAUUUAAGGGACUCAUUUACAGUCUAG